GCAUAAGUAUGCAUUAUGAAUUAAUCGUCAUGUUCUGCAGACCUACAAUAUGUCAGCGCCCAGUUCGAAGCAGCUAUCGAGUGAACGACAGCAAUGAAAAGAUGGACUCUUCUCCAAAUUGCACUGAUUUUAUCGUCAGUUUUUAUGCUUAUUCAAUUAGUGAUAUGGACGAAAUUUUCAUCAAAAGAGAUCGGAGAGCCAAAUCCAAGUAGGGUAAAGGAUGUGAUCAAAGCUUUAAUGAAUGUCUGGGAUCAUGACAAGGGCAAACUGUUCCUGAUGGAUCCAGACAUACUGACAGAAUACGCGGAGGACAAGAUGGAAGGCCAGGCAUGUGGAAGUUUCUGUCAGAGUCAGAAAAGACUUGUCACAUUUGGUGUAAUAGGAGACGUCAAAAAAAGCCUGAGACCUGUUUUCCACCGACUGCGCAGCUACAACUUUGCCGUAGUGGAUUCUAUCGAUGAGUUUCCAGAAUUUGUCGGUGACACAUCAUUCCACGUCACAUCACACGUUUUCCUCCAGAAUAUGAAAUAUCCGGAGCCAUCCGUACAUAUAUUGGUUCUGUACGAGCGUGCUGCUGGGUUUCUGUGGCACUCGAAGAUUCAGGUGGCGUCUAGUGAUCUUUCGUUUGGAUAUGAGGCUGGCUCGUAUAAAAAAUUUGACCUUGAGCAUACUGUGAUAGAUGGUAUAUCUCUAUACAUUCCCAAACCUGUGGAGAAGUUUCUGGAUUCUGUGCCACAAUCCAGAUACAUUGAAUGUGAUCAGAAAAGGGCAGACAACUUCCUGAAAGCUCAUCCUCCCGAUGUAUCAAGCAAAGCAAAAUAUUUUCAAAGGAAGGCCAGACAACUCAUAGCUCAAGGAAAAGAGGUGCUUAAUAAACUUGGAAUGCGAUUCUGGAUCAGCAGUGGAACACUUCUUGGAUGGUAUCGACAGUGUGACAUCAUCACGCAUGCCCAGGAUGUGGAUUUCGGGAUGUGGAUCAAAGACUACAACUCACAACUCAUCCACGAGAUGGAGAAGGCCGGACUACCACUCAAACAUGUGUUUGGCAGGAUCAACGACACGUUCGAAUUAUCAUUCCAAGCUGGGGAUGUAAAGUUAGACAUCUUCUUUUUCUUAACCGGAUCAAAUGGGAAUAAUUUUGUAGGAAGAUCCCUAGGAAAACGGAAGACCUGUAACCAACCGAUCAGCCUGCCUGCAGACGACGAAUCCCGCGUCUGUAUCAGGGAUCUGCCCGGCCUGCAGAACGUACUGAAUGUCUCCCCAGAGCUUGAGUCACCUGAACACAGCUGCUGCCGUGAAAGGAAACGGAAAACUUGUAACCAACCGACCAAACAGUUUGGGCCAAAGACAGGGAAUUUUUCCUUUGAACUUUGA